UACAACUUUUGCUUUAUUAUUUCGCGGCCACAUAGGGAGACUGAAUGAGAUGUGGUUUUCUGAUUGAGAUUUUAAUGAAGAUAAUCUGGAUUUCUUUAUUGCACAACUUCAGAGAGUAUUUCAUUCUUUUAGUCUCAUAAAGACCUCGCAGAAGGAUUUGGUGAUCUUUGCUUGACUUAAGCCGUUUCCUUAAACGGGAUCGGACACACGGCACGUCAAUCUCGGUUCAGUGUCACUCCCAAAGGAUUAAGUUGUUGGAAUAUGGAGCAAACCCACUAAGCACGGGAGCGGGAGUCCUCUGAGUGCGUGGCCGAGUGGGUCGCCCCGUGUCCGGCCUUGCGUGUGCUGGAGAGCCCGCAAAUAUGGGAUGUGGAUUAAGGAAAUUGGAGGACCCGGAGGACAGCAGCCCGGGAAAAAUCUACUCCACUUUAAAGAGACCACAGGUCGAGUCCAAAACAGACUCCGUGUACGAGUAUGUGCUGCUGGACUUCAGUUUGGAAGGCAGUCGGCCUACAGUACAGUAUCUGUCCUCGCUGUGCGAGCUGCCCCAUGCCCUGCAGUCCUACUACACCCAGGGCUACGUACUGGCCGCCCUGCAUCCCAUCAUCCUCUCAGUGGGCCGGACCCGCUUCCUGCCCUGCAGCCUGCUGUACCGGGCCAUUCUGGUCCGCCCACGAUCCAGUAAACAUGCAGUGCCAGUGAUUGAAAGCUUGCCAGUGUUGCGAGUGGAGGAGUGGCCACUACCCGGAGAAUCUCUGACCAGUGACACAGUGAAACUGCUCAUAGACAGGGUGAACAGCUAUGCCAGGGGUGGCGUGAGGUUCGUGGGGUCAGUGCUCCAGCAGGCUGGAGGAGGGGGGUGUAACGGUAGAGUGCCCAGUCCCAGGAGGGGCUGCCGUUCCCCGCCCCGCACACCGCCCGGAGACGCAGAUCUAGAGGGCCGUGGCUACAGCCCAGACCUGAGAUUGUUGGUGCUGUUUCACUCCUGGGCUCCGGGCUGUGCUCCGCUGGACUCUCUGGCCUGCUGUUACCACCAGGGGGCGCUGUCCAUGCGCGUGUCCAGGAAGGGCCAAGUUGUCAGUGCCCUCGAAGCUGAUUGGCUGGAAUUGACCGCAGCUUACUACCGCAAGGGCUGGUCAUUGGUCGACUCCUUUGUAUACUGGGACACACCUAAAGGUGAGCCAGUGCCCAGGUCUCUAGAGGGGCUGUUUGUCUAUGAGGAGAAAAGCAUAGCGCCCCCUGCAAAUGACACUAUUGUAGUGGAACAGUGGACCGUUAUAGAGGGUUCAGAUGUAAAGACAGACUAUGGUCCUCUGCUCCACACAUUAGCAGAAUUCGGCUGGCUGCUCACGUGUGUGCUGCCCACCCCAAUUAUUCGCCAUGACAGCGAAGGGAAUCUCGCCACCAAGCAAGUUGUCUUCCUGCAAAGACCCGCCAAAGGCCAAACGGUACCACAGCACAACCAGGGAUCUACGCGGCGAGAGGUAUGUAGUCACUCUGUGAGUCGGGGCGUGGAUGAACCGCACACAGAGCUGUCGUCUCCAUGUUCCGGGGGAAUCGGCGGUUUCCCUGUGUUUGGAGGGGGGUAUUCCAGUGUGCUGUCCCAUUUAGAUGAGGGAGGAUUUGAGCCGGACGACGGGGCUGCAGAAGUCACCUGUAUGUGAUGGACCAACUCAAAGAUGCAAUUUCUUUCAAGUUCUGUCAGAAAUCUUUGGCGGUUGAGAGUGGCAGCUGCCCUAGAAUUUACCACAUCACCAGACCACAAGAGAUUUGUGUUCCUGUAUUAGAAACAGACUCAUAGCACUUUUAACGUUUUGUAAAUAAUUUAACAAGCCAUAACGUAUCAGAGGCCGGUUUUAUUUACUCAUUUAUUUUUAAUUGAAAGCACAAAGUUUAUGUGCAAUGAUACUUUGACAAAGUAUCAAAAAUAGCACUGAAAUUCAGUUAUUUACAUCAACAGCAUUUCACAGCACUCACACAAUACCACAUGUCCAGUUCACAUCACAUUUGUCAAGCUCCAACACUCUUUUUUUCCUAAUCACUGUGAGUGUCCUUCCUCACUGUUCAUUUUUUGCUAUUCUUUUUUACUCCAAACCAGCUGACAAUUCAGUUUUGUUCACCUGCAACAGUUCAACGUAAC